CCGGGGGGGACGGCGCCCAUCAGGAGCGCCCCCCACUCCCAGGCCAGGCCACCCCGCGGACCGGGCCCUCCACGCGCCCAGGCGAGAUGCCAGCUCAGCAGGGGUGAGGCCAGAAGCAGGUGGGUGACUCACCUAGAACUCCUCCUAGCAGCCUCAGUUUACCCGCUGAUGCAACCUGAGGCCUCUUCAGCACUGGGCUCCCUCUGCUCCCCGUGGGCCGCUCCCCGCGUGGGGCCACUGCCCUUGGCCCCCGCCAUGGUGCGGAUUUCAAAGCCCAAGACGUUUCAGGCCUACUUGGAUGAUUGUCACCGGAGGUAUAGCUGUGCCCACUGCCGUGCUCACCUGGCCAACCACGACGACCUCAUCUCCAAGUCCUUCCAGGGCAGUCAGGGGCGUGCCUACCUCUUCAACUCUGUGGUGAAUGUGGGCUGCGGGCCAGCAGAAGAGAGGGUGCUGCUCACAGGUCUUCAUGCUGUCGCUGACAUCCACUGCGAGAACUGCAAGACCACUCUGGGCUGGAAAUAUGAGCAAGCCUUUGAGAGCAGCCAGAAAUACAAAGAGGGGAAGUACAUCAUUGAACUCAACCACAUGAUCAAAGACAACGGCUGGGACUGACCUAGCUCCUGACGCAUGUGGCUUCAGUCUGGCCUGGCCGCCAGGGGGAGCCACUGGCUUCCUCCUCCUGAAGGGAGCUCUGGACCCUCAGGGUCCCCACAGGGGAAGGAUCCAGCUCCUGUACAUAUAUUUUAUUGCAUGCACUGUGACCUUGGGGGGAGACAAAGAGGGGGAUUGUACCCCCCUGCCUCCCACACCUCCCUGCGAUCUGGCUGGCUUGGAUCUCAUUUUUUAACCCCUUCCUGUCUUGCCUGUCCCAUAGAUCUGGCCUGUGCGCUGCUCUCAUGGCCCCAGUGCACCUUCUUUCUGUGAAUCUCUCCCCCUGGAUCCCUCUUACCUGCAACGUGUCUGUUCUCGUUCUGUAGCGUGUUUGUAAAUAAUAAAACAAUGGAAUGGA